CACUAUAGUCUCUUAUCUAUAUUCAUGUAUUUAUUUUUAGGUUAAUUGUAAAAUAUUAAAUAUGCAAUCAUGAGUAAUACCGAGGAAGAAAUACAAGAAGUGUUAUUAACAUUUAGAGCAGGUAUUGACAAAAUAGAAGAAAAAGUUAAUAAUUUAUUGUCUAAAGAGGAAUACCAAAAGCUAUCUUUGUAUGACAAAGUACAGUAUGAUAUCUUCACAGUGUACAGUUUGAAUACGUUGUUUUGGUUGUAUUUACGUACAAAUGGCUUGGAUCCUAACGAAAAUGAUAUUAAAAAUGAAUUAAGCAGAAUUAAGCAGUAUAUGAUCAAAGCAAAAGAGGCUCAAGAUCGCAACACUAUCAGACCAACAGUUGAUAAAGGUGCUGCUGGAAGAUUUAUAAAGCAUGGAAUUCAAUAUAAGGACACGGCAAGAGAAACAAUUGAACCACCAGCGAAGAGACAAAAAGUCAAUAAUUAAAUUGCUUAUAAGUAUUUUGUAAAUUACAUUUUAUUAACAAUUACAUUAAUAAACUCUAUACAUAGAGUUCACAGUUA